UCUCCCCUUUCGCUUUCAGCUGCCUCUUCCUCCCCGUCCCCAGAGGCAGCCCCGAGAAUCCGGCCCCAAAAGCGCAGCAGCAGCCGCACCGCGAUGGGCACCGGCCACGGCCCUGCCGCGGAGCCCAGCGCGCGGGAGCCUCUGGUCAGGAAGAGCAGCUCCUCGUAUCGAACCUUCUCCUCCAGCGCUGUCAGGAGGCUGGACAAGGAAUACCUGCGGAGCCUCCACAACAAGCGGCUCUACCUGGCUGCCUUCACCGCUGUCCUGGGGAACUUCAUUUUUGGCUUCGCCCUGGUUUACCCCUCACCUGUCAUCCCUGUCCUGGAGGCUCACCCCAACCCUGCACUGAGGCUGGACCAGCACACGGCAUCCUGGUUUGGGUCGGUGUUCACGCUGGGGGCGGCAGCCGGGGGGCUCAGCGCCAUGUUCCUCAACGACCGCCUGGGCCGCAAGCUGAGCAUCAUGUUCUCGGCCCUGCCCUCCGCCCUGGGGUACGCGCUGAUGGCCGGUGCCCAGGGCUUCGGGACGCUGCUGCUGGGCCGUGUGCUGACGGGGUACGCCGGGGGCGUGACGUCCGCAUCCAUCCCGGUCUACAUCUCAGAGAUCUCCCACCCUGGGGUCAGAGGCAUGCUGGGUGCUUGUCCACAGAUCAUGGCAGUGCUGGGAUCCCUCACCCUGUAUGCUCUGGGGGUGGCCCUGGACUGGCGCUGGCUGGCGGUGGCAGGGGAGGUGCCCAUCCUGGCCAUGAUCAUCCUGCUCUGCUUCAUGCCCAACUCACCCCGGUUCCUGCUGUCCCAAGGGAAGGAUGACGAGGCCCUGAGGUCACUGUGCUGGCUGCGGGGCAAGGACACUGACUAUGCCAGGGAGUAUGAGCAGAUGAAGGACAGCGUGAGGAAGCAGAGCCAACGGGUUUCCUGUGCAGAGAUCAAGGACCCCUUCAUUUACAAGCCCCUCCUGAUUGCAGUGGGUAUGAGGUUCCUGCAGCAGCUCUCUGGUGUCACCUGUGUCCUCGUGUACCUGCAGCCAAUCUUCAAGAAAACAGCUGUCAUCCUGAAACCAGAGUACGACGCAGCUCUUGUUGGCUUGAUGCGUCUGUUCUCAGUGGUGGUGGCUGCCCUGUCGAUGGAUAAGGCUGGAAGGAAGAUCCUUCUCUUUAUAUCAACUGGUGGCAUGUUGGUCUCCAACCUGACCAUGGGGCUCUAUAUCCACUUCGUGCCAGCUUCUCAGAACAGCACCAUUGCCAACAAGACCCUGGUGAGCCCAACCAGCCUUCCUGCUGAGCCGACCAACUACAUCACCCUCAUCCCCCUCCUGGCAACCAUGCUCUAUAUAAUGGGUUAUGCCAUGGGCUGGGGCCCCAUCACUUGGUUGCUGAUGUCAGAGAUCCUCCCUCUGAAAGCCCGUGGGGUGGCCUCAGGCCUCUGUGUCGUGGUGAGCUGGCUGACAGCCUUCACCCUGACCCAGUUCUUCCUCCAAGUGGUGAACGCCUUUGGCCUCGAGGUGCCCUUCCUAUUCUUCGCGGUCAUCUGCGCCGGGAACAUCUUCUUCACAGGCUGCUGCGUUCCAGAAACCAAAGGGAGGUCCCUGGAACAGAUUGAGGCCUUCUUCAGAACUGGCCGGAGGUCAUUCAUGAGGUAGGAGCUCCCAUCUGCCAGCAGCACCAGGCCAGGUGCUCAAGGACUAGAAAGAAAAGGGUUGUGCUGCUGGAGGUGGAGGCUGGAGCUUCUCUGCAAAGGUAACAGAAGAGGAACCAGCAGCAAUGACCAUCUUGCCUUGGAUGUAGAAGUUGCCAACUGGAACUUUAUCUUCCUUUUCCAUCAUCCAACACUACCUGUUGCUCUCUGGGCAACAUGUCCACCUGAGGCAUGGGACCAGGUAACCAGCAUCAGGCUGGAGAUAAAAAUGCCCUGGAAAAUAAAACAUGGCUGUGGACAAAGGACCAUACAUGUCCUUUUGCAGCCACCCAAGCAGCCCGAGAGCCCCAGGGUUUGGCUGGAACAGAAUUAGCAGCUGAAGCCAUUUUGGCAAAAGUUCAUUAUGUAGUUGCAAGAAUAAAACA